AUGCGGCGGUCCAGCGGUCUGCAGGUCUCCAUGCCGGAGGUGGUCGAAGCGGAGAGCGAGUCCACGGCCAGGAUCGAGUGCAGCUUCUCCAUCCCUGGGAACGGCUCCUACACCUACGUCGACUGGUUCUACGUGGACCGCAGCAGCCGGGUGAAGCUGUUGCGCAUCGCGGGCGGCGAGGUGCUGGAGGAGGAGACGAGCUACAAGGGGCGGCUGUCGGUGGGCGAGGACAAGGCCCUGUCCAUCAGCAAGGUGACGCUGCAGGACGCCAGGACCUUCGUGUGCCAGGUCGGGGCGGGCAGCCAGGGCGUGGGCGAGAACCGCACUGAGCUCCACGUCUACAAGGUCCCCGAGACCCCUGAGAUCGAGGCCAGCUCGGCCGGCAUCCCCGUGCACAGCAGCACCACCCCGCAGAUCGCCCAGUGUGUGAGCGAGAACAGCUUCCCACCGGCCAACAUCACCUGGUACAAGAACGGGGAGCAGCUGCAGCCCGAGGAGAACAAGGUGAAGAUCCUGGCCACGCUGACCCGCAAGUCGAGCGGGCUGUACACGGUGAGCAGCAGCCUCUUCGCCACGGUCACGCGGGAGGACCGCAGCUCCUUCUUCCACUGCGCCGUGCACUACUGGCUGCGGGGCCAGAGGCGCUCCAAGGAUUCCCGGCGGGUCAACAUCACCGUCUUCUACCCCACGCAGCACGUGGAGCUGCACAUCGUGCCCGCCGCGGCGCUGGUGAAGGAGGGCGACGACGUGAAGCUGGUGUGCGAGGCCGACGGCAACCCGGCGCCCGUCUUCAGCUUCUACAAGAAAGAGUGGCAGGACGUGACGUCCCUGGCCGACACCAGCAGCGGGGUGCUGAGCCUGCACGGCGUCAACAAGAGCAGCAGCGGCCUGUACAGGUGCCAGAUCCUGGACCUGGACGACAUGACGCAGAUGGAGAAGGACGUGGAGCUCGUCGUGAACUACAUCGAAGGGGUCCGCGUGCAGAUGGAGCCCUCCUCGCCCCUGCACGAAGGGGACAGCGUGAGGCUGAGCUGCAGCGCCCACAGCCCCGUGGACCUGGACUUCCAGUGGAGGGACGAGAGGGGCAGGAAGGUGGCGGAGGGGAACCAGCUCUUCCUGAGGAACCUCACCUUCGAAACCUCCAGCAACUUCAGCUGCCGGGUGGUCGCUCGCAGCGUGCCGGGGCUGGAGCAGAGCAAGCAGGUGGCCGUGGCCGUUCAGGGGAAGCCGCGCAUCGUGGCCAUCAGCUCCCCGCUGUACGUGCGGCAGGACGAGGUGGUGAACCUCACCUGCAAGGCCAUCGCCUUCCCCCGGCCCUCCGUCCGCUGGAGCAUCAACGGGACGGCCCACGAGUACGUGGAGAACCAGCACGUCGCCAGCAACCUGACGGUGCGCGUGAGCCACGACCUGCUGCGGGCGGGGGCCAUGUGCAGGGUCUCCAACGCGCUGGGGGUCAGCGAGAAGCACAUCCAGCUGCUGGAUGAAAAGACCUCGGAGAGCAAAGGCGUGAUCAUCGUGGCCAUCAUCGUCUGCAUCCUCCUGGUGGCCGUGCUGGGCUCCGUCAUCUACUUCCUGCACAAGAAGGGCAAGAUCCCCUGUGGCCGCGCCGGCAAGCAGGACAUCACAAAGCCAGAGGCACGUAAAGACAAGAAUGUAGUUGAAGUUAAGUCAGAUAAACUUGCCGAAGAGGCCGGGCUCCUGCAGGGCGCCAACGGCGAGAGGAGACCUGCCGCUGACCAGAGCGAGAAAUACAUCGAUCUGAGGAACUAG